AUGCUUAUGCGGGGUCGUAGAGAGGGAAGAGGCGUGCCAGCUUUGCGCCCUCCCGCCUGCGAUUCGUUGAUUCGUUCGUUCGUUCGUUGGCUCGUCGGACGAAUCGCAGGCAAGAGUAUAAAAAUGAUGGAAGUUGACAUUCCUCCAGCGGAAAUAAACUUACCUUGGGUGGAGAAAUAUCGACCUGAAUCCCUAAAGGAUAUGGUAUCCCACGAGGAAAUCAUCAGGACACUCACUCGUUUUAUGACAAAUGACAAUCUACCUCACCUAUUGUUCUAUGGUCCUCCUGGAACAGGAAAAACAAGUUCUAUACUAGCCCUUGUGAACACAAUGUAUACGCCAAAACAACGAAAAUCUAUGGUACUCGAACUUAACGCGUCCGAUGAUAGAGGUAUUGGUGUCGUCAGAGAAGAGAUCAUUACAUUCGCACAAACGAAGUCUCUUCACUUAGACAAAGCAAGUUCUACAACUCUUAAAUUUGUUAUUUUGGAUGAAGCUGAUGCAAUGACGAAAGAUGCACAAAAUGCGCUUAGACGGGUUAUUGAGAAGUACACAGCUAACGUGCGCUUUUGUAUAAUUUGCAAUUAUCUUUCUUCCAUUAUCCCCGCUAUUCAGUCCAGGUGCACUCGGUUUCGCUUUGCGCCGUUAUCCCCGGAGCAUAUCUUUCCGAAGCUCGAAUACGUCAUUGAGCAGGAAAAACUGACAGUGACGGAUAGCGGCAAGGAGGCUCUUCUCAAAUUGUCAGGCGGUGACAUGCGUCGGGUUCUGAAUAUUUUGCAGAGUGCCUCAAUGGCUUUUCCAACAAUUGACGAAACUAGUGUUUACCAAUGUGUUGGACAACCUACUCCCAAGCACAUAGAAAUGUUGCUACAAAUUUUGAUGAACGACACUUUCUCGUCUGCUUGCCGAAAGUUGCAACAACAUUGUGGUGGCGAAGGUUUCGCUCUCGUGGAUGUCAUCUCUCGAUUACAUGAUCUUAUAUUUCAACUGGAUCUUCCAGCAAACGUCAUCAUAUGUUUGAUUAGUGCACUUGCGGACACUGAACAACGUUUAGCCGUUGGAGCCUCCGAUAAAAUACAAAUUGGAGGAAUAGUUGCAGCAUUUAUUCGCGCUCGAAAGCUCAUCAAGGAAGCUGCUAAACGAUAG